AUGAGUUGGACUUUAGUGACGUGUUGUGUGAUUGUGUUUGCACAAACCAAAGCGCAGAGUGCUCCUAAUCUGUGCCGAGGCCCGCGCUGCUCCCCGGCCCCAGACUGGAGCAGGUCUUUCGUGGACACCAGACGUCAGCACCAAACUUCAGCGCACAGCAGACAGGGGCCAGUGUACCCCGCGGGCUUUCAGCAGGACUAUAACCAGCCAUAUGCUCUGCACCAUGCUCCGGGGGGCUUCGAUGGGACGAGAAGGACCAAUCCCAGGACCAUCACUGCAGAGGUGUUUCAUCCGGGCUGCUCAGGGGGCAUCUGUCCCACCAGCGUGUCUCAGGGGUCCACGGGAGAUGCCGCACGAGAAUGCAAGGGAAUUGGAUGUAAGCUUCCUCAACUCAUGCGCCAAAAGCCCAAGGUGUGCGUCGGGGAGAGCUGUGGCGCGCACGCUGAAGAAGUCCCCCCAGUGCGCCUCACAGACAGAGCCGCGCAGUUUCUGGAUGAGUUUCCAGACUUUGGAGCAGAGAGAGGCGCAUGGAUACAACUUAACUGUGACAUCAAGCCAACUGCAGGGGGAAACGAGGUCCCCUCUGAGGACGCGCUGGUUCUGCAACUGCAGCUGAGUAAAGGGCAAGAGAAGCUCGUUGAGGCGCUCAGGGGGCAACAGGACGAGGUGCGGGAGCUGCAGAGGCGCCUGACUGAACAGCAGGGGGCGCUUCUCAACCAGCAGAGAGAAAUCCUGGAGCAACAGAGGAACAUGUUUGAUCAAAUGGAGCAAGUAAAAGCCCAGUACAACAUACUGAUUGACAGCAUCAAACACACAUCGCUGCAGAACUUCCAGGGGGAUGUGAACAACCCCGUUGAGGCUAUGGAAGGACAGUUCAGAGCUCACCAGGCUCAGCAGGCUCUGUCUCUGCACAAAGUGGAUAUGAAUGCAAACGUUAUGGAGGUGAGCCAGCCCCUGGCCUGUGGCAGAUGUGGACCAGACGAGUACUGCUCCUUUAGCAGUGGACGGCCGCACUGUGAGAGGUGCACUGUGUGUCCCGCUGGCUUCUUCUUAGUCGCUCAGUGCUCAAUUCAUGCUGAUAGGAUCUGUCAGGACAGAGAUGAAUGUCUUGAAAUCACUGGCCUUUGCAGUGACACUCAUAAAUGUCUUAAUACUCCAGGUGGAUUCAGGUGCCAAGGGAUGACUGAGAGAGAUGCUGACCUGGGGAUGUGUACACAUGGUUAUUUCUUCAACUCAGACAUGGACGAGUGCCAGGCGUGUAGUGAGUGUGAUGGAGAGCCCAUUGCUUCUGCCUGCACCUUCACCACAGACACCAUGUGCUCUGGGCCUCUCACUGGAGCCUCAGCUCUGUCUCUGUCCUGGGCCGGGGACAUCAGCUUAUCCUCAGAGAAGGGCCACAUCCUCACCCAUGUCCCCAGUCUACAGCUGCAGAUUCAGGGGCGCAGUGAAGCAGGGCUCUUGUCUGCAGAGGCAGGUCGGCUGAUCUUUAGGCAGCAUGGCCUGGUGUGGCUGGAUCAGAACCUCCCUGUGAGCCACGGGUGCCGCAGCUUCAUCCAGGUGUGUCUGAGGAUGAACAGCAGCGACGGAGCUGAGAGCAGUGAGCUCAGCGGCAUCAGGGUGGAGCAGCGAGACGGUCGCUACCUGCAGAGCGUCAGUAUCAGUGCAGUGGCAGAGGUCGCCCCCGGUCAUGUGGUCUCAGUCUUCCUGCGGAGUGCCAGUCACCACUGUAACCAGAGCAGCGAUGGUCUGCAGCUGUACAGCCCUUCGGCCGCCUCCUUCAGCUUGAUGUGGUUGUCUCAUGACACCGGAGCCGUGGCCAUGUCGGCGCAGGCAGUGGUCUCUACUCAUUACCACACAAACUACAGGCCAGUGUUCAGGAUGAGCACCACAUCAGACCCGUAUGUAGUGAGCCUGACACAUGAUGGCAGAGGGGUGCGCUUUUCCGAGAGUGGCACGGUGCGGUUUGUGUUCCAGCAGGCGCUGUACUCAAUGGGGCAGGCGUGUGUGAGCGAGGGCUUCCAGGUGUUAGCGUAUGUCAGUCAAAAUGGGACAGGAGUAGAACUGAGCCGGAGCUUCAAGCCUGGAGUUCACUACCGGGACACAUCUAUAUCUGUGUCAGGGGCCGCUAAAGUGGGCCCUGGGGACACUCUGGCCUUUGAAAUACUGUCUCCUGCUCAGUGCAAUGUGCGCUUCUUUGGAGAUGACACAAGCAUCAGUAAGCUGAGCCUAGUGUGGGUUCCUGCAGCCAUCUCAUCCUCUCUGGUUGCAGCGGUGUCUUCUACGGGCCUCCCGUCUGGAGCUGUCCGGAACAAGCCGUUAUUCUUCCAUCAAACCAGCCCCCGUGUGCCCCAGAUCGGAAUGGUUUCAAAGGGAACGACUGAACAGAAAAGAGAUAUUGUCUUCAAAGAGAGUGGCACUGCCAGUAUAGCACUGGACCUGAAACUCAUUCACUCAUGCAGCCUGCUCAAGGUGACGCUCCUCAGGCGGGGGGACCACGAGGGGGGGCAGGGGGGGAAAGAGGCAGAAGGGGCUCGUCCUGUACCCCUGGCCCAGCAGGUUGGGGGGCAGAUGCCAGAGGGAAGUCAGUGGGCUGGUGUGAGCUUGAGGUCGUCUUUCAGGGUUCAUAACGGGACGUCUGUGUAUUUCACUCUGGACUGUGUUCGUGGACGAGUCAAUCAGAUCAGCCAUCACACCGGCAGUGCCGUGUCAGUCCUCUGGGUGGCAGAGUAG